GUGCUUUUUGCUCCGGCCGGGCUCAAGUUCCGAUCUGCUGAGAAGCUGGUGGUCGGACCCCGAAUUUUAACGCCAUGGCGCGGUCGAACUUCGGCAAAUGUCAAGCCCUAUUGACCAUCGCAGCCGCGGCCUGGGUCCUUUCCAGUUGGCUGGCCGAAAGCUUUGUGGGCGUCGGGCAGUCGCAGCGUGAGCCCAACCUGUCUGGCAGGCGCAUCUCGGUGACGGGGCAGAGCAAGGAGAUCUUGCGGGACUCAGACGAGUGGAAGGAGUCCUCCAUGAACCGGUGGUGGUGGCAGAGAGAAGGCUUCUUCACCCCGCGGGGCUAUCGCGGCAAUCCCAACUGGAACAUCGAGGACUACAAGAUUGCUUGCCAAGAGGGGCGGCUGAACUGCGUGGAGCAGAUGCUGAUUAAGGAGCUGAAAGGUCGAGGGAUGACCAUUGAGGAGAUCCGUCAAAAGGCCAGUGUCUACGAGUUCGUGGAGGGUCCAAACCAGCCAAAGCUCACCAAGAGGAUGCAAUUCCUGUUGCAGGUGAAGUACCUGUACGAAGGCCGCGACGGGGAGCUGGUGGACUUGGCCGAGGAGAUCGAGAAGUCGCCGCCCUCCUUCAGCUACUCCGGCGAGCCGGGCGCCGACAUCUUCCGCGACUGGGAUUGGGAGGGCAUCGCCCGCUGAGUGGAGCACGAUGACGAGUGAUGGAGCGAAAAUGGGAGAAGAGAGAUAAGC